CUUUUGCGCGCGUGCGCGGAGUGUCCAAUUCCUUACGCCCAAGGAGUCGAUCAGCUGCGAUGGAGAACGCGGGGGCAACGCCGCAAGGAACUGCGGGGCGCAAGAGGAUCCCAAACCGGGAGAGGCCCUCGGUCGAGGAUGAGGCCCUCAACUUGAUUGCUCGCGAGGGUGAAGCAAGACUUGUGGCAAAGCGUGCAGCACGAGCUGAAGCACGGGAAAUUCGGAUGAAAGAACUUGAGAAGCAGCAAAAGGAGGUUGAAGAAAGGUCUGCAAAAGACUUUGAGAAGGGAAUCCAAACUGCAUCAAGCUUAUCAGCAGCUAACAUAGCCUCCCUAGGUGGAACCUUUUCUCGCCGAGGCAGUGGGGAUAUUUCUAUUUCAAUUGAUACAGAAACAUCUGUUAGAGAAAUUAAGGACUCUUUGGCUGAAGUUGAAGAAAAAUAUAAGAAGGCUAUGGUUUCAAAUGCUCAAUUGGAUAAUGAGAAAACAAAUUUUAUGUACCAAGUAGAAACCCUACAGGAUGCAUUAUUGGAACUAGAAGAGCAGCUUGCAGAAUCUAAGAGGCAGUUUGAAGAGAAAAGCAAAGAUUUUGAGAGGGAAAAACAUGCUCAUGCUAUAUUGCAAUUCCAGUUCAUGGAACUCAAAGAGGUUCUGAAACAAAAAGAAGAACUGCUUGCUGAAGUCCGACAACUGCAACAAAAACAAGAGGGUUUUGUAAAGGAAAUAACUGAUCUUCAAGAGACAAUAGAAUGGAAAGAAAAAAAGAUAGGGGCAUUAGAAAGGCAGAAAGUUUUCUUUGAUUCCCUAAGAAGUGAGCAAGAUGAUCUUAGAGAGGAGGUGAUUUUACUGGAGGAACAAUUGAAGCAAUAUGGAAUAAUCACCAAUUUUGGAAUAGUUACCAAUGGAGAAAUCUCUGAUUGUCUUACUAAUGAUGGACUAUCAAAUUCUUCCAAGGUUAUUUCAGAGACAAGUCAUGCCUUUAAAGUAUCUGAGGAUUGUACAGAAGGCAGAGCAAAUGAAGUGGAGAUGGAAAAUGAGAUUUUGGAGAAUAUGGGGAAAAGAGAACUCUUACAGAAUACUGAGCAUGAGGAAAAUACAGAGGACACUAAGGAUCAGGAAAUCAUUCUCAAAUGUUUGGAAAUAAAGACGUUCCCUGCUGGUGAAAAUGUAGAGGUUAAGAAAGUCACUGAAGCCAAAAUUACAUCAACACUGAAAUUAAAUAGUGUACCUGAGGAUCCUGUAAAAAAUUAUUCAGAAUGUAUCCCAGAAAUUGUUUAUUCCCUUAAAAAAAGAUAUUCAAGUGAAUUAAAGGUUGAAGGGGCUUCACCAAGUCAUAUUUCAGAAGAGAAAGUGUCUGAUAGAAAUAUAAAUGUAACUCAUAAUCAAAAUAAUAUGGCAGAUCCUAAUACUGAGAAUAAUCAGGAAAUACAUGCCAAUUUAGAAAUAGUUCCACAACAGCAAAAUAAAGAAAAACACAUAGAUAUUGUAGUUGAUGAAUCAGAAGGUAAUAGUGAAGUAUUUUGGGAAGCUUUAGAUUUUAUAAAUAACGGACACAUGGCAAUUUCUACUUCACCAGAAUUGGUAGAAGUUAUCCUUAUGAAAGCCUCAAGUAUUGAUCAUAAUAGUGAACAAUCAAAAAAUAGGGUUGUUGAGGGAGAUUUAAACAGAGAACUUCUUAAAAAUGAACAAAAUGCUGCCAUAAUUGCUGUAGCAAAAGAGCCAAAAAUAGAAAUAUGUGAAACAAAUGAAGAGAAUGAGGCACUAAGUAUGAUAUUGCAGCAGGAGGGCCAAGUAGUAGAUUCUACAGAAGAACAAAAAAGAACAUCGUGUAUUACGAAAGUUACUGUGAAUCAGUUUGGAGAAAAACAAGAACAAGUUAAAAUUGAAGAAAUCCAGUCACCACCUUCAAAACAUGAUGCAGCUAUUGACGAACAAAAUGAGCAAGAUUUAGUAGCAAAUAAAGAAAAUGUUGAAGAUAUGAGAGCAUUAAAUGCUUAUUUAGAUUUUGAGGAAAAGAAUGACAAGUGUACUGUGAAAGAUGUUCAUGCAGAACAAACUGUUGUACAUUAUAUAAAUCAAAGCAAAUGCCAGACCCAUGAAGAAACAAAUGCAAACAUAGAGAAUGAUUCCAGCUGUAAUAUAAAAUCAGCUUGUGUAGAUGGAGCUCUGGCUGUUACUGAUACAAUAAAUAAAGAAGUUGCUGACACUCAUAAAGAAGACUUGUCUGCAGGAAAACAGUGUGUAGAUAAAGAAGACAAUACUAUUGAGUCUGCUGUAACUACAACUGUAAUGAAUGAGGGUAUUGAAGAAGCAUGCACUAGGAAUAAAGAGGAUAAAAACUGCAGAAAACUGCAUGAAGAAAUUCACAAUAUUAUGCCAGAUAUUGAGGAGGUUGUUUGUCUUGAAUCACAGAAGACUGAAUUCAUUGAACAAAAUGAACCCAAGAGUGAAGAAGUAGUUGUAGAAGAAUAUCAUGAAGCCUUAGAUGUUGAUGAGGCUUCUUUUGGAGAAUUGAAAACUUCUGAAAAGAGAGAUGAUCAGACUAAUAAAGAUAAUGAAAAGGUCAUCUCAGCAGAUGAAGUUGGAUCUGAGGCUCUUGUGGAAGAAAGUGACAGUAUUCAGCACCUGAAAGGACAUACCUUUGAAGAAGCCAAAUUUAUGCAGAUUGAUUUCUCUGUUUCUGAAACAACAAAGUCACAAUAUGGACUGCUGGAAGACGAAAGUAAAUUGUUGGAUGGAAUCAGUUCAGAACAAAUUGCUGCUUAUACACCAGAACAGUUAGAAAACUUAGAGAGUGCUAUGAAUGAAAGUCAAGAGGAAACACAGAGGUAUAAGAAGAGUAAAGGUAAAUCUCGAGAAGACUGCAUUAUAUCAUAAAUUCAGAAACUGGAUCAUUGUUCGACAUUAUUUACCAGGCAUCUGUUAAAAAAGCAAAAAUACUUUAAUUUUUAAAAAGUCAAAAUUUGAAAGAAGUUCUAUUGUUGAAUUAAUGUCAUAUUCUAAAUAAUGCAAAGUAGUCAAUAAUGUAUGGAUGUGGAGACUACCUUUUUUGUCAAGUUUAAUUAUAGUCUAAUCAAAUCUAUUAUCCUAAUUCCCAAUGAGCUGCUUUUUAAUAUUCUCUAAAAAAUUUAAUGAAUGCUAGGAUUAGAAAAUUCUUGCUAGCUUUUUGAUAAAAUAUCACUAGUCUGAUACAUUUAUAUUUGAUUUCAAGUUAUUAUUAUAUAGAAUGCUUGCUUCAAUACUGUUACACUUUCUGAACAAAAAGACAAGGUCAGGUUGAAUGAAUAACAAUAAUGAAAUUAUGACUAUUUGCAGAGAAUUAGUAAAUUUUCACUGUGUAUGUUUCACCCACUCCAAAUUAAUACCAUUUCUAUUGCCAAAGAUAUAGGCAUAAAGUACCAUAAGAAUUACUGAUUACUAUUUAUAGUAAAAAAAAUCAUUUACUAAGAAUCAUAUAGAAUUCAGCCACACCCAAUUCAGUCUUUUCUUACCAAAUCAAACUCUUAUUGGUUUGAAUCAGUGGAUUUAACUUAAUGUCUAUGCAAUUGAUACAUAAAUCACAUGCUCUUGAUCCAAUUUAGUAUUUAUAAUUUUGUCUCUCUUCCUCUGUCUCUUUCACUGUAAUCUAUGUAGGUUUAUGUAUCAUAAAAACUUUCAGUUCACUUUAUAUUUAGCCUUUGUAUUAAGUGAUAUUUACUGCAAAUUGUAAUCAAUUUUCUUAAAAGAUACUAUCAUUUGUACAUUGCCUUGCAAAGAAAUAGAUAUAAUUGAAUGUAAACCAAUAUUUUCUUAUAUUGGGAAAUCUGUCCCUUUAAUUUUUGCUGGAAUAUAAGCAGUCUUGAUUGUUUCUGUAAUAAUUAUCUCUAUUUAACUCACAAAAUGAAAGAUAAUAGCUACUGCAGUUUUAUAAUAAAUAUUUAACACAGUCUUUUUCUAAAAGAGAGUUAAUAAUGGCUAAAAUAAAUCUGAAAGUUUUUCAUUUAUGAGCAUAUUUUUUAAAAAACAUAAAACAUUUAUGAGCAUAUAAAAACUUGGAACACUUUUAAUGAACAAGGUAAUUUUAACUUCUGCUCUACCAUACUAAAAUUAAUGCAAACUCUAAAAUUUGUAUAGCUAUACAGCAGUGUAACAAUGUAUUACAUAAAAAUAGAAAAACAUUAAAAAUAUAAAGUAUCAAAUGUAUAUAAUGGAAAUAAAGAUUUAUAUUUUAAAA